GUGUUUGUGCGCUGGACUUUCAGACAGUUAUGGGCACGUUAGCUUUUCUCUCGCUUGCGGUUGUCGCUUUUGCAGUUUUGAUAGGAGAAAGACUCAUUUCAUUAAGGCAUGUAGCGCUUUCCUACAGAGAACUAACCCAGAACUAUCUUCCUAACUGCAAUUUUAUAGAGGGCAUAGAUUUUGGGGCUGAAGAUAUCACCAUACUUGAUGGAUUGGCCUUUCUUAGUACUGGCUUGAAGUAUCCUGGUGUACCAUCCUACUCAGAAGACCCAGGAAAGAUCUACACACUGAACCUGUUGGACUCUGAACAAAAAAUUAAAGUACUACACAUCAGGGGAGACUUUGACAAAGACUCCUUUAAUCCACAUGGAAUCAGUGUGUACACAGAUGAUAAAGAUGGUGCAAUAUACCUGUUUGUUGUUAAUCAUCCUCAAGGCAAAAGUCAAGUGGAGAUUUUCAGAUUUUUGGAGAAUGAAAAUGCUCUUGAAUACUUAAAGACCAUUAGGCAUGAGCUCCUGCACAACGUGAAUGAUAUAGUGGCUGUGGGGACUGAAAGCUUUUAUGCCACCAAUGAUCAUUACUUCACCAAUGACAUUCUGAAGAUUGUGGAGCCAUUUCUCUCUUUGCCGUGGUGUGAUGUGGUUUAUUACAGUCCUGAGACUGUGCAAGUUGUGGCAGGAGGAUUCUUAUCUGCCAACGGCAUAAACAUCUCCCCUGACAAAAGACACUUGUAUGUAUCACAUAUUCUGAAGCACACAAUUGCUGUCUUGGAAAUACAGAAAAACACUGUAUUGUCUCAUGUAAAGGAAAUUGAUGUGGGGUCUCUCUGUGACAACAUUGAGGUGGAUCGUGAGACUGGAGAUCUGUGGAUUGGCUGUCACCCAAACGGUCUCAAAUGUGUUUUUCAUGAUCCAAAUGAUCCACCUGGUUCUGAGGUAAUCAGGAUUGAGAACAUCCUCUCUGAAAAGCCCCAGGUGACUCAGGUGUAUUCAGAUGACGGCAGUGUUAUCAUUGCUUCUUCGGUGGCAGCUCCUUAUAGAGAAAAACUGCUCAUUGGAACAGUUUAUCAGAAAGCUCUCAUCUGUGACCUUAAAUAGUGAUAUUAUGCACUUACAUAGGAGAAUAAAUAUUGUCUAAGUUUUUGAAAGAA